CCAGCUUUUUAACAAAGAGUUCGUUGCAGAUUCUUGAAACGAUUCCGUUUGACCAAAGAAGCGUUUACUUAUGUUCUGGAGAAAUUAAAUUUAAGGCAAUCGGAUGCCAAAACGGUGCCUCCAAUCCUUCAAUUGGCAGGCACCCUAUCACUUCUUGCUAGCGGUGGCUACCAACACAACAUUGGCAGUGAUUAUUUAGUAGGCAUGUGUCAGAGCACUGUGUCGAAAGUUGUAUCACGUGUUGUCUUAGAAAUGGAAAGGAAGAUGUGCCCAGAAUUCAUACGCUUCGCACCGCAUGAUUCGUUCAGCUGCAAAGAUUGGUUUGUGGAGAAAUAUAAAAUACCUGGAGUCAUUGGCUGCGUAGAUGGUACUCAUAUUGGUUUACAAAAACCUACUGCGGACGAACACAUGUACUUUAAUCGUAAGGGGUACCAUAGUAUCAACGCUAUGAUAAUAUGUGAUCACACAUGUAAAAUUUUAGCAAUCAACUGCCAAUACGGUGGUGCAGCUCAUGAUUCCUUCAUUUGGAAACAUUCCGACCAGAGAAGGGCUUUAGAGGAAGGUUUUCAACAAAACAGGCAGGGAAAUUCAUGGCUUUUAGGAGAUUCUGGCUACCCACUUGAACCGUGGUGUAUAACGCCAUACAGAAACACAUCGGAUGGUUCAAGUGAGCAGAUGUUUAACGAUAUUCACUCCAAAGCAAGGUGUAUUAUUGAGCGAACAAUUGGCAUUCUAAAAAGACGCUGGAGGAUUUUAGGAUACGGAAAAAGGGGAAGAUAUCACCCUAUAAAAGUGGCACGAUUUGCUAAUGUGUCUGCAGCGUUACACAACAUUUGCAUUAAGUUUAAGAUACCUUAUGAUCCUCCAAAUUAUUACUCCGACCCCAUAUCGGAAAUUGAUACAGGGGAAACAAAUCAACUAACCGCUAUUGGCCAAACAAUAAGAGAUCAAAUAAAACAUUCAAUUUUAAGAGUAACGUAA